AUUGUUUUGACGUCAUGUUGAAGAAAACGUCCCAAGUACUGUGUAUUGCGUUAUUUUUUCAUUCAUUUCAUGCGAAUAUUCACGUAUCUCGCUACAGGUUUAACAGGAUAUUUGAAACAACAAAUAUGUUCAUUUUUACGAUUAAACAUUUUUAAAACAAAUUAGUUUGAACAAAUAGUCAAAAGAGAUUAGUGGGCGUGUCCAUCGUGAACCUUUUUUGGAAUUUUAUGCACAGAUAGGAAGUGUACUAGGCGCCUGCGUAAACGUCAUCGGCAACCAAUAUCGAAGUAAAUAAUGGCGGAGGAUAAAUGAUAAGCCUCGACAAUCAGCGGCAAUCCGUCCCUUUUUGCUGUCCAAAUGGCGUUAAUUACGAUUUGAAAAGAAAGAUUAUUUAUAUUGUGAGCCACUGAAACUGUUUGGAAGGAACUCUCAAGUACAAGAUGGAAUUAAGGGUCGGAAACAAAUACAGACUUGGGAGGAAAAUCGGCAGUGGCUCGUUUGGUGACAUUUAUUUGGGAACUGAUAUAUCCAACGGAGAGGAAGUGGCCAUUAAAUUGGAAUGUGUAAAGACGAAGCACCCACAGCUCCACAUAGAGAGCAAGAUCUACAAAAUGAUGCAGGGAGGAGUUGGUAUCCCCACGAUAAAGUGGUGUGGGGCAGAGGGGGACUACAAUGUGAUGGUUAUGGAGCUCCUUGGCCCCAGCCUGGAGGAUCUCUUUAACUUCUGUUCUCGGAAGUUCAGUCUGAAAACAGUCCUGUUGCUAGCAGAUCAGCUGAUAAGUAGAAUAGAAUACAUACACUCCAAAAAUUUCAUCCAUCGAGACGUGAAACCAGACAACUUUCUGAUGGGACUGGGAAAGAAAGGCAAUCUGGUGUAUAUUAUUGACUUUGGACUUGCCAAAAAAUACCGAGAUGCCCGAACUCAUCAACAUAUUCCAUACCGAGAAAAUAAGAAUCUCACAGGGACUGCACGAUAUGCCAGCAUUAACACACAUCUGGGAAUAGAACAAAGUAGACGCGACGACAUGGAAUCGCUGGGAUACGUGUUCAUGUAUUUCCUGAGAGGAAGUCUACCAUGGCAGGGACUAAAGGCAGCAACUAAACGUCAGAAAUACGAGCGAAUCAGCGAGAAAAAAAUGUCCACUCCUAUUGAGGAGCUGUGUAAAGGAUUCCCUUCGGAGUUUGCCACUUACCUAAACUUUUGCCGAUCCCUGAGGUUUGACGACAAACCAGAUUAUUCGUACCUUCGACAGCUAUUUCGGAAUCUCUUCCACAGACAGGGUUUUACAUAUGACUAUGUAUUUGACUGGAACAUGCUCAAAUUUGGUGGGCGUAACAGCGAUGAUGCAGACCGUGGUAAAGUGAGUUCCUCGGCCAGGCCUCUCCACGGAACUGCUGCUGGCAGUCGAAUGAGAGGAGAGCAAAUCCCUCCCACAACCACACCCCCAGGAGACUACAAUAAUGCCACACGGGGUUCACGCACCAGGGACCGCUUACCGACCCGCCUCUCCCUGUCAACGCGGGGUCCUGAGGCGGCGGAAGGGAACUCUGACCCCAAGGCCAGUGAGAGUAGACUAGCCACCCCUUCAUCUGGUGGGAGAAUCAGUUUCAAAGGUUCAGGAUUACCGAUUCCUGUGGGGAACCCAACUGACAGUGCCAAGCUCAGACGUAUCAUGCAGGAAACCCGACCCCAUAGUGUUCAGUUAAAACACAAACCAUAGCCAGUUUAUUUACAUCUGUGUUGUGUCAGAUAGGCAACUGUUAGUGUUCAGUUAAAACACAAACCAUAGCCAGUUUAUUUACAUCUGUGUUGUGUCAGAUAGGCAACUGUUCUUGACCUGGGACUGUGUAUAUGCUUGUUACAAAUGACUUGUUAUGCUUCACUUUGUUAUGUUUCCAGGGAGGAGAAAAAAUAUGUAUUAUUGUAUUUUGUUAUUUAUAUGAAAAACGAUUCAUUUAUUUUGUGUUCAAUUUGUGUAAAAGUGUGCGUUAGGGAUAUGCAAUAUAUGUUGGCGUUGAUUGAAAUUUGCAAUAUUUGUGAUUGGAGAGAGAGGUGUGUACACAAUAUACAGGUGUUAUUCUAGUUUAAGUGCAAUAUUGUUGACUACUAUUUGUAUAGAAGAGAGGUUUUAUAUUACACUUGUGUAAACUGGACAAGGUUGUAUGUAGAAACUUUCGUAGACGUUUGUUUAUUCUGAUACUAGUAUCAAAGUGCUUUCUUAAAUAUUAAUGUUAGUUUUGUACAUUUUAAUCAUAGCUGAAUCUCCGAGACCUAUAUCUCGGGAGCGAGAACGACGAACGAGUACACGCCUUCAUCGUGGAAUCCCAACAGGUACCGAGAUUGUGAGAGACGGAACUCGCAUAUCAACAGCACCGAUGCAGCCGGGGAUGGUGACAAAUUCAGCCAUGCGGAGAGGAAGUGCCUCCAAGGAUGGUGACAACCCAAGAGCCGGCUCCUCCAGACACAAUCGAAAGUGAGGAGGUUUCCAAAAUUUGUAUGAGGUGUCUAUAAACAAAUCCUAUCAAAUCAGGAAAUGUCUGUCACGAUUAUGUGCCAACUUCAACCGAAACAGUGAUACGAGCGUGGAAGAUGUGUGUGUGUGUGGAAAAUGGUUGAGAUACUCGUCCCAUUAAACCGAGAUGACAAAAUUACAAGCAUGCCAGAGAGGUUUUAGCUGUGACAAGUGUGCAAGGUGUAGAUCUCAAUAACAUACCUUAUAGCACAGUAGGUCUUCGCUGGAUUAUGUGUAUUGACUUAAUGCUGGAAUUUUGCUCUUUAAUAUCUCAUAGCUUAUAUGAAUGAGCUACAAUUUUUUUUUCUAAAAACAUGCUGAUUUCUCAUUGUUUGUGCAUUGUAAAUUAAAUCAUCUUGUGUAUGAUGUUUUGUGUAUAUAGACAAGUUUGAAGAGCAUUUGUGAAAUACAUGAAUCUUAUUGCAUACUAAUGCUGUACAUAUCUCAUUUUAGCUGGGUAAUGUUUUGAAUCUGUGUGACCAUUUGUAAGUGAUAGAUUUUUCUAUGUACAGAGAGUUUGUAGGACCAAAGAAUGUUGUAUUGUGAUAUCUGUCAAUUUAUUCACAUCCCCCAUCAAAGCUUCAGCAGUAUUUCUUUGUGGUUGAAAAUCUUUUUUAUUUAAAAUGAUCUGUAAAGAUAUGUUUUAUGUGAAAAUUUACAAUUUUUAAAAAAAUGUAUGUGUGACACAUUUGAUGAACUAUUUAAAUAAAACAUUUUGAAAUUAGAAGAUGAAACCAUUUAAUACCAUGUAGGUUCAAGCAAUAGAUUUUACUAUUUUAAAAUUGUGUAAUGACCACAUGCUUCUUUUUAGUGAAUCCAUUGUUCAGUUUCUUAAUGUACGUAGAUAUUGACAAUAGUUGUAAUCAUGGGCCCAAUUGCACGCAGAUGAGUUAAGUUUAACUAAGUUAGACAGUUAACGCUAUAUAAAUGCAAGAGUUAAUGGGAAGUUAAAUGUCUGUUAAAGUUAACUAACCAUCAUGCAAUGGUCUCCUAAAUACGUACAUUCUACAAAUCAGAGAGAAAAGGUGUCCUUGAAAGAAAGAAAAAGAUUAUAAAAUAUUAGAGUAUAUCACUGACUACAAUAAUUCAUACAAGUGUAACUGAAUGAGUGAAUGUUUUUAAUAAAUGAUAAAUUUUUAAAUGAUAUUGUUUUAAAUGCAUAUUUAAUGGUCAAUAUUGUUGACUUGUCAUCUUAAUAAAAUAAUUAUAAUAAA